AACCCUUGUUCUCCAAGAGGAGUGAAGGAAUGAUCAGUCUGUCUACGAGGGCAGCGACGAUUAAACCGAUGGUCUUCAUCAUCAGUAUGUUUAAAUCCGAGGAAGGAGUGUGGCACAGCAUCCCGGAGUUCGACCUCCUUGCUCAAAACAUCACUGUCCCCGGAUUUUCUCCUAUAUUCCCAGAAGCUCACUGCACUCUCGACGGCUCGAUCUGCCAGCUUGUCACCGGCGAGGCAGAGAUCAAUGCCGCAUCCACCAUAUCCGCUCUCGUUCAUUCUUCAUCCUUCGACCUUACGACCACCUACUUUCUCAUCGCCGGAAUCGCAGGCAUCAACCCCAAGGUUUCUACCAUCGGAUCCGUUACCUUCGCGCGCUAUGCCGUCCAGGUUGCUCUGCAAUACGAGUUCGAUGCUCGCGAGAUACCUUCCGGUUGGUCGACAGGUUACUUCCCACAAGGUGCCUACGCCCCCGACCAGUACCCCCGUAACAUUUAUGGCACAGAGGUCUUCGAGGUCAACGAUGCUCUUCGCCAGCUCGCCAUCGGUUUCGCCAAAAUCGCCACCCUGGUGGAUUCCGACGCUGCCGGAAUAUCUCGUUCAAACUACGCGAAUGACUCUAUCUUCGCUGCUGCCAUACAACCUCCCUCCGUCGUCGCAUGCGACACCGCUACCUCCGACGUUUAUUGGACCGGCGCCUUGCUCGGGGAGGCAUUCGAGAAUACGACAGUCCUGUUUACGAACGGCACCGGGAGUUACUGCAGUAACCAGCAAGAGGACAAUGCACUUGAAUCCCUCUUACGCGCCACUAUUGCUGGCCUCGUCGAUUUCUCCCGUAUCAUCAUUAUGCGCACGGCGUCCGACUGGGAUCGCCCGUAUGAUGACCAGACCCCAUACGAUAACAUAUUCGGUGCCAAGCCGGGACAUGACAUUGCCGUGCAGAAUCUUUACGUCGCUGGGAUCAAGGUGAUCGAGGGAAUUUUGGAUGGAUGGUCUGAGACGUUUGAGCAGGGUGUGGUAGCACAAAACUACAUUGGCGAUAUCUUCGGGUCGCUGGGUGGUGAGCCGGACUUUGGACCAGGGAGUAUAUUUGGUAGUUCGGCCCCAACUACAAAGUAGCCGUCAGGCUGAAGGAUGAAGAAGUUUGGAGGGGGCACGGAAAGGUGAUAUAAGUGUAGGGGGACAGUACCUAGUUCUCUUCAGACUUCAGGCUCUUCUGCGAGCUGUCACAUACUCCUUUCAUUGAACCCCUCUUUUCUGCCAUUUUUUUUCUCUCCUCGUCUGUUUUGCCUGCCUCUUCUCCCACCUGUAUAUCAUUACCCUCGGACGCGUUUCCCGUUGGCAUGUUACUCUGCUUUGCGGGCUUUGGCUUUGUACCAGUGUAGACAUUGAACCUCCAAGUACCCGAUUCUUAGAAAAUUGUACAAUGAUA